GCCUGCGAGACAGUCGCAUAGAGCGUCAGCGACUCUGGAGGACCUGAGGGAAGGGUGGUUGCCGUGAAGCCUCUCUCACCCGGCUGGAAUCGCCUAGAAAAUGACCUCCCUCUCCUGAGGCCACCACUGGGCCCCCUUCUGAGUGUCACCUGAGCACUCUCUCAGCAUGAACUGCAUAUCUGACUUCUUCACCUAUGAGACCACCAAGUCGGUGGUUGUGAAGAGCUGGACCAUCGGGAUCAUCAACCGAGUAGUUCAGCUUCUGAUCAUCUCCUACUUUGUAGGGUGGGUUUUCUUGCACGAGAAGGCAUACCAGGUACGGGACACAGCCAUUGAGUCCUCGGUGGUAACCAAGGUGAAGGGCUCCGGACUGUACGCCAACAGGGUCAUGGAUGUGUCUGAUUAUGUGACGCCACCUCAGGGCACCUCGGUCUUUGUCAUCAUCACCAAGAUGAUUGUUACUGAAAAUCAGAUGCAAGGAUUCUGCCCAGAGAGUGAGGAGAAAUACCGCUGUGUAUCAGACAGCCAAUGCGGGCCUGAGCACUUCCCAGGCGGGGGGAUCCUCACUGGCCGCUGCGUGAACUACAGCUCUGUGCUCCAGACCUGUGAGAUCCAGGGCUGGUGCCCCACGGAAGUGGACACGGUGGAAACGCCCAUCAUGAUGGAAGCUGAGAACUUCACUAUUUUCAUCAAGAACAGCAUCCGUUUCCCCCUCUUCAACUUUGAGAAGGGAAACCUCCUUCCCAACCUGACAGCCAGGGACAUGAAGACCUGCCGCUUCCACCCGGACAAGGACCCUUUCUGCCCCAUCUUGCGGGUAGGGGACGUGGUCAAGUUUGCGGGGCAGGAUUUUGCCAAACUGGCUCGCACGGGGGGCGUUCUGGGCAUUAAGAUCGGCUGGGUGUGCGACUUGGACAAGGCCUGGGACCAGUGCAUCCCCAAAUACUCCUUCACCCGGCUCGACAGCGUUUCUGAGAAGAGCAGCGUGUCCCCAGGCUACAACUUCAGGUUUGCCAAGUACUACAAAAUGGAGAAUGGCAGUGAGUACCGCACCCUCCUGAAGGCUUUUGGCAUCCGCUUCGACGUGCUGGUAUACGGCAAUGCUGGCAAGUUCAACAUCAUCCCCACCAUCAUCAGCUCUGUGGCAGCCUUUACUUCUGUGGGAGUGGUGCUUCAGUCUCCUUGGCCACCACCCUGCUGCGUCAGCCCUGGCUGGAACGUCUCCAGUCAUGGAGAGCUCAUUACCUCCGGAAGCAGCCUUCCCGUUUUCAGGAGGCUCCACCUGUUACAGAGUUCCUGUUUCUCACCGUAUAGCUGGGGGAGGAGGCUCUGGGUUUCUGCAGACCUGAGAUGCCUUAGUGAGGAACAGAGCCCACGUGGCAUGGGAACUGUUCUCUGUGACAUCAUCCUGCUCAACUUCCUCAAGGGGGCCGACCAGUACAAAGCCAAGAAGUUUGAGGAGGUGAAUGAGACUACGCUGAAAAUCGCCGCUUUGACCAACCCAGUGUACCCCAGCGACCAGACCACAGCGGAGAAGCAGUCCACCGAUUCGGGGGCCUUCUCCAUAGGCCACUAGGGCCUCUUUCCAGGGCCCCACACUCACAAAGGCUCCAGGCCUCCCCACAGAGGACCCUGCCUGAGCAAGGGGGCAUGAGAGGGAAGAGGGGCUCUCAUUUCUGCUGCUCACUCCGUGAGCAUAGCUGGGACCCACGUGUCUGGGCCUCCCACUGCUCCAGCAGACAGGCAGUGCUCCCUGCUGAGACCCCAAUCUUACCUUCACUCCUUGCCUGGCCCCAUCUGCUUCCUAGGACCCCUGGGGCAGGAGCACCUGAGCCAUCCCUUUCCCAAAGAGUAGAGAUGAUAAUGUAGGACAGAGGGCCACAAGGGCCUACCAAGUGCCAGGCACUUUCACACACGUUAUCUCAUUUAAUCCUUAGAAUAAUCCUAUGAGGUGGAUACUAGUUUCCCUUGUUUUGAAGAUAAACCAAGGCUCAGAGAGACUGAGUCAUUUGCCCCAGGCCAGAUAGUCAGGAUGUGAGAGAGCUGGAAUUUGAACCUCCGUCUGACUAACUCCAUCGCCCACACCCCAUGAGAGAAGAAUGAACUCCUGGGGGCCGUCAGCCCUGCUGCUUCAGCCGCCUCCACCCUGACCAUGAUUCGUUAAUAAAGAGUAAGCCCCAUGCCUUUCCCAGCAACAAAGGCUGCGUUUUAGGGAGACUGGUUAGACAGUGGUGAGGGACCCCAUCUCUGACUUGGGUGCAUCCCAAAUUUAGAAGGCAACAGAAGGCAUGGCUGUCGGUGAAUUUUUCCUCAUCACACCCCACAGCUCUCUCCCCAAACCAGGGAAGGGGUCAUUCUUGUUCUUCUCUGGGACCCCACACCCACACACAUCUGGGCCCCCUCACUCUGGGGAUUUGAUUCCUGGACCUGGGGUCCUGUCGUAGGCCGGGACCCUGUUCCAGGAGUUCAGCAGUCCUCAUUUAUAACAUCAGUGAAAAGGCUCCAGUAAGGCCUGGUGCCUUGUGAGCUGCUCAGCUGGGUCGGCCAGGCCUGUCCCCAUAGGGUUUUAAUAAGGUGCCCCAUUUUCUU